AUGCUGGGGAAAUCUCUUGUCGUUCUUGCUGCCAUUGCGGCGAGCAUUCUUAAUCCGGUCUUGGGAGCCCCGGCUCUUGAUGUCGGACUCACCGAGCCUCAGGCUGAGCCCAAAUAUGUCUUCGCCCAUUUCAUGGUCGGCAUCGUUGAGAACUAUCAACUGGAAGACUGGAUCACCGACAUGAAAGCCGCGCAAGCCAUCGGGAUCGAUGCAUUCGCACUCAAUUGCGCCAGCAUUGACAAGUACACCCCGACGCAGCUCGCCCUCGCAUACCAAGCUGCCCAACAGGUCAACUUCAAAGUAUUCAUCUCGUUUGACUUCGCCUACUGGAGCAACGGAGAUACAGCCAAGAUCACCGCUUACAUGCAACAAUACGCCAGCCACCCUGCGCAGAUGCAAUACCGCGGCGGCGCAGUCGUGAGCACCUUCGUCGGGGACAGCUUCAACUGGGGCCCCGUCAAGCAAGCUACCUCCCAUCCUAUCCAUGCCGUACCUAACCUCCAGGAUCCUGCUGCUUCGUCCAGCAAUGCCCAGCGGGGCGCUGAUGGAGCGUUUUCAUGGUAUGCAUGGCCAACAGACGGGGGAAACAGCAUCAUCAAAGGGCCAAUGACAACAAUCUGGGAUGACCGAUUUAUCAAGGACCUCGCAGGCACGACAUAUAUGGCGCCGGUUUCACCAUGGUUUGCUACGCACUUCAACAGCAAGAACUGGGUGUUCAUAUGCGAGAACCUGCCCACCCUACGUUGGGAGCAGAUGCUAACCAUGAAGCCAAGUCUUGUCGAAAUAAUCUCGUGGAAUGACUACGGCGAAUCCCACUAUAUCGGCCCCUACAGCGCCAACCACAGUGACGAUGGCUCUUCAAAAUGGGCCAAGGGAAUGCCACAUGACGCCUGGCGCGACCUCUAUAAACCUUACAUCGCCGCAUACAAAGCUGGGGAUAGCAAGCCCAUCAUCAAUCAGGAAGGGCUGGUGUACUGGUAUCGGCCCACGCCAAAGGGAGUGAACUGCCCCGAGGAUAAUAUGCCUGCGCCAAAUGGAUUCCAGAUGCUUAGUGAUAGUAUUUUUGUGGCGACGAUGUUGAAUAGCCCUGCUACAUUAACAGUGACAAGUGGGUCCAACGCGCCUGUCAAGGUUGAUGUCCCCGCUGGCAUUGUGACAACGAAUGUGACGAUGGGAAUAGGGGCGCAGACGUUCCAAGUUAGUCGGAAUGGGCAAGUUAUCUUGAAUGGGAAGGGUGGUUUGGACGUGGCCGAUCGGAGCAAGUAUUAUAACUUCAAUGUGUUUGUUGGUAGUGUGAUGGGAGGUUCCGCUGCCGGGAAUGCGUCUGUGAGGGUGAGGCGCUAG